UCCUUUCUAUCAGUACAUAUUCUUAUACUUUCUGUUUCCCUCGUUUCCCUUUUACUUCUUCACAUUUCUGCAAUUUAGCAUUAGAAUCUCUUUUUUUUUGUUUAACCAUUCCAUAUCCGGAAUGACUAAUUUGAAUUCGCGCGGCGUAGAGCUCAUUAAUAGGAGAAACACUCCCUAUUAGAAGUUUCUCCAUUAGGAAAAGGAGAAAGAAAAAAUUUAUUGAUCACUGCAUAUAAGCAUCUUUUCAGUAAAUUUGUUUGCUGCCUUAGAUUUAUGAGGCUAGUAGUUGCAUUAUAGACCACAAUAGUUUCUUCAUUUCAUGAAAAACUAUGCCUUUUCUCUCUUCAAAUCUCCUUUUUCCCUAGACAAUAUUUUUGUACAUUUGUGUGUGUGUGUUUUGUGGAGGGGCAGCUGCAUACAUGGUAAGAUUGUCGGAUCUCAUUGAUCUUGAUGAAGGAGGGACGACGAGGAAGAUAAAUGAGGGCCGAGAGGCUCCUCGAAAUAGAUUGCAGCAGCCGGUAGAGGCUUCACAUAGCUUCUGUAUUGAAGGGGAUGGCGAUGCGCUGUGCACUUACCACAUGACAAAUGACUGGUCAGCGAAGAAGUGUUAUGUCAAUGCGACUCCAAUGAAGAAACUGAUCAGUGAAGAAUUAUCAAGAAGUACUCCAAACUCAGGACAGAAUGCACCUAGUGUUGUCGCCCGUCUGAUGGGCUUAGAUAUGUUAUCCGUGGAUACAAAACCAUCAACCAAGAAGGUCGAAAAGAAGAAUGAAAUGAAAGAUAGAAAUCCUCCCAAAGAGGAAUGGUUGAGAAAGGAUCCUUUUGAUCAUGUAACACAUUACUCGAGACAAAAAGUUUUCGAUUCCUUUGACCACAAUGAAGCAUGUAACUUUGACAGACGGAGUGGUAACCUAAAGCUCAACAAACUUAAACCCCGAGAACAUCCACAGGAAGAGGAACUACAAAAGUUUAAGAAGGAAUUUGAAGCAUGGCAAGCUACAAGGUUAAAGGAAUGCUCAAAAUUUGUUGAAUUUGGCACCAAUACUGAUCAAUGGUUGGCACGACAACGCCUGAACAAGGAAAAGUUGGUUCUUCACGCGAACUCAAAGAGACUUGAUAUUUCUUCAACUCCUACAAAGAUUGUAAUUUUGAGGCCUGUUUGUGAUAGGACGGGGGAUAGCAAAGAAUCAUGGGCCAGUUCCCCUGGCAUAUCCGAAGACGGGAGUAGCAUAGAAGAAUUUCUUCAGGAGGUUAAGGAAAGACUAAAAUGUGAAUUGCAAGAAAAGAGUUUGAGAAGGAGUACUACUGUCAUUGAGACGUCUUAUACCAAAAAACCAUCAGAAGCAAAGAAGAUAGCUCAGUCUAUUGCAAAACAGGUGAGAGAGAGUGUUACUAGGGAUGUUGGAACGACCCUACCUCGAUCAAAAUCAAUGAGGUCUUAUAGAAGUGAAAUUCAAUGCGACGUGACUGGUUCUCCUGAUUUCACCAAUAGAGAUACAAGGAGAUUUUCAGAAAAGAGCAGAGCUGAAGAAAGCAGAUAUAUUGCUAAUAAAGUGAGACACAAAGACGAUAUGAAAGACGAAUCGGACAUGCAGGGCAAAUAUUUCAGACAAGAGUUGAGUAAUAAUGUAAUGCUUGACCAGGAACAAUUUCAUAGGAACCUAGUUAGAUCUUUGUCUGCUCCUGUGUCGCGAGCAUCAUUCGGAAAGCUUCUCCUAGAGGAUCAACAUAUGUUAACGGGGGCGCAUAUUAGGCGAAAACAUGAAGCUUCUGAGAAGGUCAAAAUAAACAUAAAAAAAUGCAGAAAAGAGAAAUUCAACCUUAGAGAAAAGGUUUCCAGCUUUAAAUAUAGUUUUGUACUUAAAGGAAAGCUCUUUGGUAGAAAGAUUCAAUCUUUGGAGGAAUCAAAUGGAAACAAACAAAUUCACAUGAAAGAUCUUCUAAACACACAAACUGUUGCAUCCAAAUAUAAUGAAAAUUCCACUGAGUUUCCACCUAGUCCUGCAUCUGUAUGCAGCACUACCAAUGAAGAAUUUUGGAGGCAAACAGAUUGUUUCAGCUCAUCAUCAACCUCAGAUAUACAUCCGCCGGAUGAUAGUGAAAUGCCUCAUGUUUUCAAAGAGAUCAGCUCUAAUCUGAAUGAGCUAAGGAGGCAAUUGAAUCAGCUAGAAACUUAUGACUCUGAGGAGACAAUGAUUGAUGAGCAGUCUGUCGAAGAGGAGAUAAUGGAGAUUGACGAUCCAGCUGAAUCGUUCGUUAGAGAUCUUCUUGUUGCUUCUGGUUUAUAUGAUGGUUCAUGCGAUAAAUAUCUAUCAAAAUGGGAUCCACUCGGAAAGCCAAUCAGCAACCAAGUUUUUGAAGAAGUCGAAGAGUCUUACAAGAAAAUGACAAAUGAUAUUGAAGAAGCAUCUACUAGUGAUCAAUUCCAGAAGUUAAAUCACAAGUUGUUGUGUGAUUUCUUGAACGAGGUGCUUCCGGAUGUACUUGGAGUACCUUCUACAGUUUCGAGUUUUAUGAAAAGUACUAUUAGUCCGACUGCACGACCUCUACCUCUACGAGGAAAGAAGUUAUUAGAAUGUGUAUGGGAAAUUGCCCGAGUUUAUGUUUACCCUCCUUCAGAUAUGUCAUCUCAAUCCCUCGAAACUAUACUAGCCCGAGACUUGCAAUCUAUGCCUUGGACUGGAUUAGUUGAUGAAGAUGUUAAUGCUGUCGGAAAAGAUAUUGAACACCACAUUAUUGGUGAUCUUAUUCAUGAAAUGGUCAAUGAUAUGCAGUCAUAAUUAUUGUUUUUUCUUGCUCUACUAUAUUUAUAUUAUUUGUAAGUUUGUAAGAUGAGGGGAAAAGGGGUGCUUCUGAUGAUUCUCAUGAGAAAGUUUUGGAACU